GUUCUUGACUGCUUCUUUGUCGCAGGUAGUUUUGGAUUGCUGUGAAGGCGGCUGUCAGAGGGAAGCCAUGGACAAUCUGCUCAGGAAGGUGGACGAAGAGAAAAGCCUGAAAGCGGAAAGUUUGGUCAAACUUCUAGGGGCUGUGAAAGCUUCAUUCCCUGGUCUCCACCGUCUGCUAGACAACUUGGUGGCAACAGCAAAUGUCUCUGAUGGCAAAGCCUACUAUUGCCUCCUUCACCAUACUGGAGAGCUUUCUCUUCUUAUCUGGCACUCCAAAUGGAGCCCAGAGGAUUACGGAGCCAAACUGCUGAGGCGAUACCGAGAAAACUUAGUGGAGCUCCUCACAGACACCCAGACGCUGCUGCAGGGCAUCUCUGUUGCGCAGAGCCUGGCUCCUGCUGAGAGAGAGGCGAUGGAGCAGGUUGUGAAGCGUGAGGCUGGCGGUUUUGCCUCCCUUGUGUCGGCAGUGCUGGAGGAGAAGUCUUUGUCGGCCUCUGCUGUUUGGCAACUGCUGCUGGCUGUGCGGGAACCUGCACCGCUGAACCUGCUCAUGGAGGAGAUCCGGAAACAGCCCGGUGCAGAGUUUUUCUUCCAAGCAGUGGCCACCAGCGAGAGCACAGCCAUUGAGAUCAUCUUGCGGCACAGCAAGCUGAUCUCGGAGGCCAUCCAGCAGAGAGCCGACCUGGAGGGCUUGGCUCCGGGGGAGGCAGGACUCACAGAAGCAGUAAAAGAGCUACUGAGUAUUUCUGCUCAGAAGGAUAGUUCAGAGGCCUCCCUGAAAGCGGCGCUGAGCACAGCCCAGGAGAAGUCUGUCCCAGCCAUCAAGAUCUGUCAGCUGCUGUGCAAUGUCCAUGAGACCUUCCCAGACCUGCAGCCAGUGAUGCAGGAGCUGGGGCAUGUGGGUCUCUUGACUGAGGGAAGCGGGGAGAAACCUGGGAUCAGGAAGUGGAAGGUGAACAGUGAAUCCCAAGUUGAAGCUCUGGACAAAGAUGAGGACAAGGCGGGAGGUGCUGGUGCUGAGGAAUCAAAGGAACCCCAAGAAAAAGCUUCUUCUAAGAAGAGUUUUGUCUGCAAAGCCUGUGAUAAGACCUUCCACUUCUACUGCCGCCUGAAGGUGCACAUGAAACGUUGUCGGGUGGCCAGAGGAAAGCAGAUCCAGUGUAAGGAGUGCAGUGAGGUCAAAUCGACCAAGAAGGAGCUGGAGAAGCAUCAGCUGGAGGUCCACGGGGUGGUGGGGACAGCCAAGAAGAAGAAGAAGCGGCUCCCUGUGGCUUGUGACAUCUGUGGCAGAGAGUUUGCUCAUGCCUCAGGGAUGCAGUACCACAAGCUUACGGAGCACUUCGAUGAGAAGCCCUUCUCCUGCGAGGAGUGUGGGGCCAAGUUCGCGGCCAACUCCACACUGAAGAACCACAUGCGGCUGCACACAGGGGACCGGCCCUUCAUGUGCAAGCAUUGCCUGAUGACCUUCAUGCAGGCGUCGGCCCUUGCCUACCACACCAAGAAGAAGCAUGCUGAGGGGAAAAUGUACGCCUGCCAGUACUGCGAUGCCGUGUUCGCCCAGUCCAUUGAGCUGUCGCGCCAUGUCCGGACUCACACGGGGGACAAGCCGUACGUCUGCCGGGAGUGUGGGAAAGGCUUUCGCCAGGCCAACGGGCUCUCCAUCCACCUCCGGACCUUCCACAACAUCGAAGAUCCCUAUGACUGCAAGAAAUGCCGGAUGAGCUUUGCCACCCUGCAGGAGCACCGCAAGCAUGUCCACGAAGCCCAUUCCCGGGAGUACCACCCCUGCCCGACCUGCUCAAAAGUCUUCAGUGCCCCGUCGCUCCUGGAGCGCCAUAUGGUGACCCAUGUCGGAGGAAAGCCCUUUAGCUGUGAGAUCUGUGACAAAGCUUACCAGCAGUUGUCAGGGUUAUGGUAUCACAACCGGACCCACCACCCUGAUGUCUUUGCAGCUCAGAAUCACCGCUCCUCCAAGUUCUCCUCCCUGCAGUGCAGCUCCUGUGACAAAACCUUCUCCAGCACUGCUGCUCACCGAAAGCACGUCAAGGCAGAGCACACAGAUGUGAAGUUCCAGGAGUGCGAGACAUGCAAGGAGCUCUUCCCCACGCUGGCUCUCCUGCAGGUCCACGUGAAGUGCAGGCACUCAGGGGCCCUGCAGAGCCAUGUUGCCACCGAGCACUUCAAGCAGACAGAGAGCACCUUCACCUGUGAGCUCUGUGGGGAGCUCUUCCCCUCCCAGGGCGAGCUGGAGGGGCACUAUGGCACUGAACAUCCCAAGGUGGUCUUCUCCCAAGCCACCACGGCCCAGAUUGUGCAGGUGAUUCAGACAUCGGACCAAGGAGCAGCAGAGCACAUCAUCUCUUUUGAUGAGGCCCAACUCGCUGGCUCCCAAGUCUUUGUGACGUUACCCGAAUCCCAAAUGAGCCAAGCUGGCUCUGAGCUGGUGGCAGUGACCAUGGAGGACUUGUUUGAUGACAAAGUCACUCUGGUUUGUGAAGAAACCAAGUGAGCGUGGCACCUGGUAUCCACUAGACUCAUUCAGGAGCUCUACCUGCA